UAUCUCACCUGUCCUAUUUGCAUUGAAGGGAGGACAAAAGGCAGCAGUUUCAUAAAGCCAGGCAGCCCGCAGCCACCAUGGCUCUUGUGAAAGAAUGAGGAAGCUGCAGGCUGUGUUCCCCUUUCCUGCUGAUGUACCAAACCUACCUGCAGGAGCAAAUGCUGGUUUCCUGGCCGCCCGAUCAAUUGGAUUCAUCAGAGCUCAAGCUCCAGCAGCGAGGACCGGCAGCGGGGCUGGAGAGCUGGGUCCUGCUGAGAGGAUGAAAACAUGGGGCUCAAGUUAUCCUGCCUCAAAGGCUUGAAGAUGUGUGUGAGCAGCGGGAAUGGCAGCGACCAGGCAGGAGCAGCAUCCCCAGGAGAGAAGCACUUGCAUGUGCCCUCCAUCAUCGUCACGCCACCAACACCGACGGGGACCAUGCUGGCCCGAGAGGCACGGCGGGGCGGGGGGGCACCAUCGUGCAGCCAGUGCUGACCAUGGGCAUCCUGGGGAUACCAUCCCCUCUCCACGGGGAUGCGCGUUGUCCAGGGCCAGCUCCUUAGGGACACACGGGGCGCCCAUCGCAUGGGGAGAUCUGGGCCCUUUCAAUCCCGGCUUGCCAGUGGAAGUGCCUGUCUGGCUCGCCAUCAACCUGAAGCAGAGGCAGAAGUGCCGGGUGAUUCCUCCGGAAUGGAUGGAUGUUGGGAAACUGGAGGAAAUCCGGGACCAGGAGCGCAAGCAGGACACCUUCACUCGGAUGCCCAGCCCCUACUACAUGGAGCUCACAAAGCUGCUGUUGAACUAUGCCUCAGACAACAUCCCCAAGGCCGACGAGAUCCGCACGCUGGUGAAGGAUACCUGGGACACCCGGAUAGCCAAGCUGCGGCUGUCUGCAGACAGCUUCGUCAGGCAGCAGGAGGUUCAUGCCAAGCUGGACAACUUAACCUUGAUGGAGAUCAACACAACCGGUACUUUCCUCACACAAGCCUUAGAUCGCAUGUACAAGCUCCGGACUAACCUUCAGCCUGGCGAGGCUGCCCAUUCCCAGGAUUUCUGAGGUACCAGCCAGGCCAGCCCCAAAACCCUACAGGAGAGGGCAGAGGAAAGGAGCAGGCUCCACAUCUUGCUCCUUCAUCUGGCCAAGCCUCCAUCUCCUUAUACACAUCCGAAGCCACCCAUCUCCAUAGAGCACCUCCUCAGCAGCCUAAACCCUCUCUUUGCAGGCAGCCUUCCAGCUGGCUGGGAAUGGUUCCAGAGCUGCCAGUGGAACGGGAGCAUCCCUGCACGGGAGCUCCUCGCUUCAGAGGUGGGCCUCUUGGGGUGAAGAGAUCUGCUUUAAUGCAGGUGGUGGCUUGCCAGCGCUACCCUGCUGCUGCCUAAUGGGGCCGGGCGGAUCUCUGCGCCCUCAAGAGUGGGUGUACUUCAUAGAGGGAACUUCUGAGGGCAGCACAGGCCACACACUGGCUUGAAAGCAGUAAAUUUCCAGGCGUUGCUUUGCCAUGGAUCUUAGAGCCUUGGAAAGGGGAACUGAUGUGCGGGCAAUGAGAGGUGUCUGCUGGGGAGAUGGGCUGGGAAGCAGAUCCAGCUGCUCUUUGGAGGAGGACAAAAGGAAAGGGUUUUCCCCUCUCUAUACCAGGCUGUAACAUCACGUCUGACUUGUUGUUUUACCCUGAAACCGUGUGUGUGUGUGUGUGAAAAAAGGAAUAAAACCAGUGAUUUCA